CCUCAUUCAUUGGGUUGUUGACAUUGGAUUUGCUGUUUGUAUUGCCAAUUGUAUACUAAAGGCUAUGUUAUUCUAUAGGUGAACUAAAUAGCGACAACAGCUUUUUAGUUAGAGAUGGCCGUGGCACGACUGUUGUCUUGAGUUUGCACAACUUCGGCCAUGAGUUAGAUUUCACGAUGUUUAGUGGCAGUCCACCGCAGCGAGCAAAAUCAAGUUAUCAGAGAAAGGUGAUAAAAAGACAAGGGAAAGAUGACUCCUCAAUUGAUUUAAACCACAACCAACGAUGCUCAAGACAUAGUCACAGUAGGGAUUCUCUUGCAAGCAGCAGUAAAAGUUCACUUUCAGCAGGCAUAGGCAGUAGCAGUAGUUAUGUAGACCAAAGAUACAAUGUUGGGGAUCCUCUACCGGAUAUCCUUAUCCGUCCCAUCACAGCGACACCUGGUGGAUACAAAUCCCAGAGAGGACAGCACCAACAACGAGCCAAAAGCAGCUAUGGCAAACUAAGGAGUACUAUUCCCAGUGCCAAAUCCAAGGGGGAAGCCUCUGCAAGGAGGAAGAGUGCCAGUCCGCAGGCAUGGUCAGUCACGGAGCUAAAAGGUACCGGUGCUGAUGCUGAUGACGAGGAAGAAGAAGAUGAAGAGCAAGAAGAUGAUAAUAAACCUAAGACUCAAAGGCCAGAAGAUCACGAGCUGUAUGUCAGGCCACCAUCAUGGCCUAUAGAGGAAGGCAUCCUCCCCCAGGCAAUACUAGACAGACAACUAGUGACAGAGAAUGGACUGGAAGAAGAGACAGCAGACGACAUGCUCGGAGCGUCGUUUGGCUCUGAGGAGCGCCCCCAGACACCCAGUACAUUGUACAGGGAAGCUUUCGAGGCAUGGCUGGAAGGGCCUCCUCAGGAGUCUGAUGAAUACGACACAGAUCUUGAGGAUGCAAAAGUUCCAAAACCAAAGGAAAAAGAAGAUUCCACUGGCAAGAGAACAUAUGAAGAAAAAUGUAAACAGACAGGUGUCGUUCCUGUUUCUUAUAUAGUCAAGAACUUGGGAGAGCGUCACCUCAAGAUGUGUCACCAUUACCUGGGAGGACCUGCCACCAAACCCUUGGCAGCAGCUUUCAAGGUGAACACGGUGACAGAGAUGGUGGACCUGACAGACAACUAUCUGGAGGGAUUGGGAGGGAUGGCACUGGCCAAGAUGCUGGAAGAAAAUCACUUUAUUGUACAGAUGAAUGUCUCGGAGAACUUCAUAGGGCUGAGAGGCUGCCGGGCAUUUGCUGACAUGCUGCAGAUUAAUACUACACUGAAAACACUUGUCCUGAAAGAAAACCACCUCACUGAUGCAUGUGCCAAACUUUUAGGAGAAGCCCUGAAGAAUAACGAAUCUCUCACCUCCUUGGAUCUUAGCCAUAAUGAGAUUGGUGAAGUUGGUGGUGUUCAUUUAGCCUCUGGACUGACGGUGAAUGAAAGCGUGAUUGACCUGGACCUUAGCUGGAACUCCAUAUGCAGGAAAGGGGCAGUGGCACUGGCUAAUUGUUUAAAGGUAAACAACACAAUUGAGAUUUUGGACCUUUCUUGGAAUGGCUUUGCCUACCAUGGCUGCUUUGCCCUGAUGAGGUCUCUCAAGGUCAAUACCAGACUCAGGGUGCUAGAUCUUAGUAAUAAUAGAUUGAAUGCUCAAGCAGCUCAAAAAUUUGGUUUAGGACUUGCAAAGAAUACAGGGAUUGAAACACUGAUGCUCAACAUGAACCAUAUAGGAGAGCAAGGGUUGGAAUACAUAGUGAAGGCAGUGAGCAGCAACCCUAAGAUUAAACUCCUGGGGUUGGAGGACAUUACGCUCUCCCCAAAUAUCUACCUCAAGAUCAAGGAACUUGAAGAGUCCAGAGACAUCAUUAUAAUGCAUUCUGGGAUAGGAGGUUAUGGGAGGUCCAUGAUGGCAGACACCGUCCUGACGGUGUUUGAUCGUUUCAUCAAGGAGAACGAGAUGGGCAUGGAGGACCUGUUCCUGCAGUUUGACAAGGACAAGAGUGGAGACAUCACCGUGGACGAAAUGAAGUACGGACUCAAGGAAGCGGGACUCAGACUAACUAAUAAUCAACUGGACAUACUCCUUGGUGAGUUGGACAGGGACAGGAAUGGCACUCUGGAGAAGCAUGAGGUCCUGGGUGGCAAGCUGCUGAUGGAGAGCAAGGGAAAAAGACGAGAGCUCCAGAACAUGGGCUGGUCCUUUGAGGAAGAGAGGCGGGCCAGAGGUGUCACCAUGAAGUGGGAAGGAAUGACACUUUGAUGACAGGGAAACUAGGGGUUUCACCAUGAACUUAAAAGGAAUGACACUUUGGUGACAGGAGAGGGAGACGUCAAAUAAAGUGAGAGACAGCAGAGAAGGGAAGAAUUGUUAAAGAGAAUGACUUCCUGGUAAAAGAUGGGCACUGUCAUAGUUGACCUUUAGGAGAACCUGCUGUGAACUUUGACCUCCUUGAGACCUUCUGGCCCCAUGUAUUGCACAGACAGUGAUUUACUGGAGACUGGGAUGUCACCAGAUGGCAGCACUAGUCAGCAGAAAAUACCCAAAAUGCCAUAGUUUGCCUAACAGGAUUGUACCAAGGACAAAAGUGCAGGGAUGGAGAUGUUACUUAAAAUAAAAAAAAUAUAUAUGAAACUGUAGAAAGAUGCUGGAUUUUUUUUUUAAUUUGAAAGUCCUGUAAAUUUAAGCAAUGGUUACAGGUUUUGGUGUACUUCUCGUAAUCAUUUAUUUAUGUUUUGCAUUCUCUGUUCCUGUAUUGACCCACCGACUACAUGUGCCAACAUUUUCAGCAUCAUCUAUGUAGAGAUCUGAUCUUAACACCUCUAGUACAUGAAGCAAGGGUAGAGUGAUGAGUGAGUUUAAAUAUAUAUAUAAAUAUAUAUAAAUAUAUAUAUAUAUAUAUAUAUAUAUAUAUAUUAGGAGAAAAAGUUCAUUUUCAGCAUUUUAUGUGAUUUAGAACUGUUGGUCUAAGAAUUUGUUAAGGUUACUGUUAUUUUUGUUCAUUACUGUUGUGAAAGUUGGGUUAAUAAACCUUCCCUGCUGGGGAAAUUUUUUGAAUUUCAGUUAUUAUUGGUAAAGAUGGGGUUUUGUGAUCAUAACCAAGAGGGUAUGCCCAGGUGAUAAGAGCAAGUGAUAAACAUUUGUCCGUUUGUGCUUAUUUCUCACCAUUUCAAUCUUGUUUUGGAUAAAAUGUUUAUAAAAUAGAUAAAUUCAGACAAUUAUGGAGGGGAAAAUUGGUGUUUGUGGUCAUCUUCGUUAGUGAUGCAUAAAAACUAAGUCAUGUAAUUCAGCUAAUUUGUGGGUUGUGGAAGUUAAUUUGCAACAUUAUGCAACUUCAGAAGAAACUGAUAGGAUUUAUUUUCAUUAUAUACCAAAUGCUCAGUUUUUACUUUUUAAAUAAAAUUGAAUAUCAAUUUAUUCUUACAAAAAGCAGUUAUGUAUUACAAAACUGUUGGAAUAACAUGCAUUUUAGGAUUUAACAUUUUUUUCCUUCAAGAAGAAUUUGGUAUUUAUAUUUUAGUAUUGAUGUUUGGAUGAUUUAGAUGUCUCCUCCGUUCCAUUUUACCACGACGAUUUAGGAAAAAAUACAGAUUAUAGGUUGUAUAAGAUUUGGUCAAUCAAGGCUGCAUUUAUAGGAUAAUCUCACUUAUUAUUGUCUUGAGAAAUUACAUUGAAUGUGUAAUAGAUUAUUGCCUGUAUUGAAAAUUAUAACCUUAGCAUUUAAAUUUAUAAUUUAAUAGACUAAUUAUUCUGAAUAUAAUAAUAAAUAUUUACUGACAUGUCUGAUCCCAUUUCAUUUGUUUCUUUUUUUAUGCACUAUCUAACAAGGAAUCCUUUAUUGGAAUUGUACUGGUUUAAGUUUUAUUUGUUAAAUUUGUGUUACAUUUAACAUUAUUUUCUGUGUUUACUGUGCAGAAGUAGUACAGAGUAGUAUGGAGUAGAAAUGUCUCUCAAAUACAGUUACAAUUUUUUUCUACAUUUCCAUUCCAGAAUAAUAUUUUGUUCUUUAAUAAAACCGUUUGGUAAAAAUA